AUGACUCGAGUGCCCUUUGGUGCCAGGUCCAACCCCUUUCUUCUUUCCGCCACUAUUCGACAUCACUUACGGCAGUCUGAAGGGGGCUACCCUGAGACAGCGGCGCUUCUACAGGACCAUUUCUACGUCGACGACUUGGUGGUCAGCGUGGAAACAUCAUCAGAAGCAGAGAUUCUGUACCAGGACACUUUGCGAAUAUUUGAGGCCGCAGGCACGAAAGCGAAGAAGCGGGUGACCAAUGACGGGAUCCUAUUACGCUGGAUGUUGAACGACGGCAGCACAACCGUCGAGACGACUCAAGCUCACACUGAGAAGGUGCUGGGACUUGUCUGGGAUAUACACAAUGACAAACUACGAUGUCCUCUCGCAGCCAUUUUGGACUUUGUUGCAACCGAGACGAAUGACAAGAGGCACAUUUUACAGUCAGUAUCAAAGAUCUACGAUCCUUUCGGCUUACUUGCGCCCUUCACCAUUACUGGGAAGAUUAUGCUGCAAAGAAUUUGGGAGGCGGAGCUAGCCUGGGAUGAUCCACUGCCAGAGGACAUACAAUCAGUGUGGAAGGAGUGGUGUGUGGGAGUUGCAGAACUGGAGCAACUUUCUCUCCGUCGAUUCCUGGGAUAUUCGGGCACGGCCACGCCUAGGAAGAUGCACGUAUUUGCUGACGCUAGUCCCUGCGCUUACGGCGCGGUAAUCUACGUUGAAGCGUCAUCGAGCGACUCUUCUAGCAUGGAGUUCCUCGUCAGCAAGAGCAGAGUGGCCCCCAUCAAGCGCCAAACGCUGCCAAGGCUUGAACUUAUGGCAGCCCUUCUUGCCGCACGGCUUUACCGAUAUGUCUGCACUGCUUUGAAGAUUGUGCCCGACUGUGUUUUCUGGACGGAUUCUCUCAUAGCGUUGCAUUGGAUAAGAGGGCCAGUAACACGGUGGAAGACCUUCGGUGCGAACCGGGUCUAA